GCGGCUUAUAUUCAGGUGCGCUUUAUAGUCCGAAAAUUGCGGUAGUUUUACUGCAAAUUAAACCUUUUGUGAUUCUUUUCUCUUUCUGCUGUGGUCGUGAUUUGGGACGAGGCAGCGCGGUCUUUGUCAGCACUAUCCACUCCAGUUUAUAAUCAGAAAGUAAUGUAUUGUAAGAUUUGCAAAAGUGCUUUCUCACAUGCAUUUUCUUAAAAGGAUGUGCUGCAGUUCAUCUGUAAAAACCGCCAAUUCACUCAUUAUUAUUCCCAGACUUCAAGUGGCAAAAACACACCACAGACUUCAUGUUCCUGGGGCUGAUUGUGGCGGAACUCUCAGUUGUAACACAACCCCCCCCACAGGUGCCACUCUGAACAUGCGGCCUGCUCCCUUACCUCUGGAGGAUAUGGAGUGGAGGCAGACCCCACCCCCCAUCAGCACAGCCCCUGGAACCUUCCGCCUGCGCAGAGGUAGCCGCUUCACCUGGAGGAAAGAGUGCCUGGCCGUGAUGGAGAGCUACUUCAACGACAACCAGUACCCGGAUGAGGCCAAACGGGAGGAGAUAGCAAACGCCUGCAAUGCUGUUAUUCAGAAGCCAGGUAAAGCUCCAUAA